AUGCAGAAUAAUAUAGUUGCGGUUACUGAGGACCACAACCUCCAAGUAUGGGACAUGUGCCAGCAAAAAUUAGUCUAUGCACUCCAUGAUUGUUUGGAUGCUCCUAUUCUCACCACUGCCAUGGAUGGGCAGCUCCUCCUGGCAUUUUUUGAUGGAAGCCAUCUGGUUAAGGUAUUUGACUUGGCAGACUCCUGCAAGCUGAUCUGUCAGGUGGACAUUCCUGCAGAUGAGACCCCUGUUCAUAAAAAUCACUCCAUACUGGUCUCUAAAAAUUCUGUGAAAGACUACAUUGUGUUCGCCUACAGGAGUGGGAAGGAAGCCAUGGUGCUGAGUGCCAGACGAGGGGCUGUUGUUGCCAAACUCACUGCGCAAGACCCAGUGGCUUCAGUUCAGGGUGUGGCUGUAACCAAGGAGUAUUUCCUAGUCAUCUGCAGAUAUCCAUCACUGAAGUCACAUGACAUAGUGCACAUUGAGCUGUUCAGCGUGAAGACAUUUGCAUAUAUUCGCACUGUGAAAGGCUGUGCGAAUGACUUCAUCACCAUGUUUGCAGUGAACCGUCAAGGAUCUCAUGUGAUUGCUUUUUCUGGCCUGCCUAAUACCAACACCACAGAGAUAGUGGUCUGGAAUUUGGAGACUGAAGACCACAAACACAUGGUUAAGUUUUCUUCUGUGCCUACAGGAGGAAUAUGUUCUGAUCUUCGCUACUGUCUAGCUUUCUGUGAUGGAGAGAACUUCUUAAAGUCUUGGAACCUAGCAAAUCGUUUAAAUGACCAGUCACUGACUGUAAACGUUAACAGGAAUAAAAAAAAUGAUGGGAUUCAAGAGUUUGUUACCAUGAAGAACUUUCCCAGAUACGUGGUCUGCAGGAGUGUGAGACCUGGAGUGAUCACCGUGUGGAAUAUUGUGAAGUCAAAGUGUAAAGGUAGUGCGGUGCGUGUGGAGCGAGGCCUGAUGGAGAGCAAUGAUGUUGUUCUGAUCAGGGACAUGAAGCUCUACAUCCUCACUGACAGGGGAAUGGCUUCUUUCACUGACACCCCCAGGCCUAUAUUUCAGACUCUUUUGACAUAUGACCUACUAAAGAAGAAAUACGUCAGUAAAAAGACAGGUCUUUUCAUUAUUCCAUGUCCAAAGCAUGAAUACCGGAUACUUGAUGGAGGGUUACUUCUGGGGCUCUCAGAGAAUAGAGAUCAUUUUGUCAUUUGGAAUAUGGACACGGGUUUUAUAAAGGACCGGCUAAGGCCGCAGUUUAAGGACAAGCACUUGGCACUGGAUCUAUUGACUGAACGUGACAUAUACAAAGAGAAUACAAAUAAGGAAGCACUGCAGCAGAAGAAAAAAGUAAACGAGACAGUUCUUCUGACGCCAUGGGAAAGACGCAAUGAGACCAAAACUGCAAAGAGACGCAGAAGGGAAAAGGAGAGGAAGAAAGAGAUAGAAAAGAUGCAGCAGCUGGCCAAUGAGAAGAAUAAUGCGAUUGAUCAGUACCUGCUGAGUGACAAUGAAAAGGUGAUCGUAUGUUCAUAUUAUGCCCAUCACCUUUGUGUGUUUAGCUUGGACACAAUGACCCACCUGCACACCUUGGAAGACAAGACCUCAAUGCUGUUCUUGCACAAUGCUGCACUGACAUACAGUGGCAGCUACCUGGCCCUAUCCAACUACUGCGAUGCUGAAAAAAGCAGUUAUGUAACUCUCUGGGACCUUCAGAAUGGGCUGGUCAAAAAACGACUAAAAAAUGAGCCAAAUAUCUGCUGCAUGGCUAUUACUGACACAGCUGACAGAAUUGUUUUUGGAGUCACCUCAGAAAACAAAAUAAGGGUCUGGGACCCUUUCAAGCAUAAACACAAAGUCAUUCCGGGAUAUGAAAACCUUAACCUCACGGUUGACAGCAGAAUACAAAUCAUGGAAGGAGGGUCCAAGGCAGUUUUACUGUCUGGCGACGUCAGUUUGUGGAACCUGGCCGAUGCCACGCUAGUCUCUGUGUUCACCCCCGACAGUAAAAUCUGCUGCCUGUCCUUGGCUCCUGAUAGAAAGACUAUUCUUCUUGGAAUGAGUGAUACUCCGUCCCUUGUCACCCUGAAAGUUGCAUCAAAGGAUAAAGACAAUAACCUCACCAAGGGAGCCGAUCUGUUUGGUGAGGAAUCUACGAGCAGUGAAGAUGAGCCCGAUGACAAAGACCAACCUCUAAAGAUUUAG